AUGUAUUUGAUGUACCCUGGACCGUACAGCACAGACAUCAAACUGAAAUACAGCAAGGUCUUCACCAACAUUGGCAAUGCUUACAAUCCAGCUACAGGUUUCUUCACAGCACCAGUCAACGGGGUCUACUAUCUCCAGUUCACUCUGAAAAAUCUAAGUCCAAGAGAUGAAGGUGAUGAACAGACUGAGCAGACCACAAAGCAAACCACCCCUGACAUUUGGGCGGAGGUGAGGGCCGUCAGAGACAUGGUGGUGGAGCUCCAGGUGGAGCUGAGGAACAUGGAGGCCAGAGUGAAGUAUAGCGAGGGCCAGGUGAAUCAACUGAAAACUGAGCUGAUCGUUACCAAGGUCCAUGUGGAGCAGCUGCAGAGAGAGACUUCUGACUUGCAGACCAGACUGAGCAGCAGUGAGUCCAGGAUUGACCAGCUGGAGAGAAAAAAUGCAGUCCAAGAAAUUAGACUGACUGCCAUCGAGAGCAAAACAAGAGACCUUGAAGAAGAGAAUGCAGACUUGCAGACCAGACUGAGCAGCAGUGAGUCCAGGAUUGACCAGCUGGAGAGAAAAAAUGCAGAGAAACCGAAGGUGGCAUUUUAUACAGCUCUGACUGAAGCAGGAAAUGUUGGACCGUACAACACAGACAUCACACUGAAAUACAGCAAGGUCUUCACCAACAUUGGCAAUGCUUACAAUCCAGCUACAGGUUUCUUCACAGCACCAGUCAACGGGGUCUACUAUCUCCAGUUCACUGUGUGUGGUUCCAAAAAACUUUAUAUGGCUGUAUUUUUGUACAAGAACAACCAAAGGAUCAUGUAUAAUCAUAAGGUAAAGGAAGGAGGGGAACUUGAUUAUUUCACUAACUCUGUUGUCUUGGAGCUGAAAGCAGGAGAUGAAAUUCACCUGGAUCUCCCAUCAGACCAUGCAGUCUUUGAUGAUAGGAAUAACUACAGCACCUUCAGUGGCUCUCUUCUCUUCCCACUAUAAGGAUACUAUUGAGGCUGCUGUGUGAUUGAUUUUGUCACAGUACCUGUUACACUGGGAUUCUUUAGAAAGUGCUGAUAAAUGUCUGCACCACUGUCUCCAAGACUAAUGUUACUGCAUGUAUCAAAUGUGAUUCUGAAUCUGACCUCCCG